GUAAACAACGCUGUCGCGUACCACAGGUGUCAGUGAGUAGCCUAACGCUAGUUACUGUUGGUCCAUUAAAUUUGUAGAAGUUACCGUUAUGAAAAAACUCACUCUAAUGUGAAUCUACGCGAUUUUCUCAGCAAGCUCAUCGACUUGACAGAAACGUUGGUAUUGUAGGCUACAUAACUUCGUGAAUUUCAGUCUUUGAGGACGCGGUCGGUCGACGGAAAGCCACCGGGUCAACUAAUGUGAAGGCUUGUGUGCCUGACUGCAAUGAUGGUUUGAGCCUACUAUGAAGGAACAAACUCCAAUGAUGGAAACAGAGUUGGAUCACCUGCAAAAAACACAGCAGUGCGGACAUAUUCCAGUUUACAGCAGCGGGUUAGUACAACUGGAGCAGCAACUGAAGACACUGAGAUCUGAAUUGGCCAUUAAAUCCAGUCAAACUAAACGGGCUGAGCAGCAGAGGAACCUGGCUCUGAGCAAUGCAGAAAAGCUAUCCAUCACUUUUAAAAACUACAAGCAUGAAGUUAGUGAAAAGUUGACAAAGGUCAUCAAGAGUGAGAAUAGGCUGAAACAGACCUUAAUAGUGUGUGACCAAGAGAGAGCCGAAUUGGAGAAAAGGUGUGCUGAGCUGGAGAGCGAAAAAGGUGAAACGCAUCAAACGAUCCGUCAUCUGAAGGAGAGAUGUGAGGGUGCUGAAGCACAGAAAACGGAAUGCAGUUUGCUCCAGAGCCAGCUACGGGACGCUGAACUGGAAAUGCACAAGAUGAAGAUGGAGCUAAAUCAACAGCAGGAAGAGCUGCGAGGCUUUAAGAAGGAACAACAGCAUUUGAACCAAGUCAUUGCCAGCCAGGAGAGACAUCUGGCUGAGCAGCAGAGGGAAAUUCAUCAGAAAGUUCUGGAGCUCCGCAGCCUGGAAGAAAUUCUCCAUCUUUUACAUCUGAGAGAAGGAACAGACAAAGGCCUUUGUGCAAACCCCUGCCUCAUCAUCUCUCCCCCAGGUCUAACCAGCGACCAAGUCCGUUUAAAAACAGGGGAGCGCUACCAGCAACUGCUGUCUGUGCUGCAGCGCUUGACUCAAGAGAGAACUCAGCAGGCGGAACAGCAGAGAGAACUCCAUGAACAACUGGAGUCAGCACAGAAGCAGUUGAGUUCCAUGGAGACUACGCUUGCCCAACGGGCUAACCACUACCAGAACCUCCAUGCUCAGUUAUUGGACAGAGCCUCGCAGAGCGCAGCCUUAGAAACAGAGCUGAAGAAGAUGAAAUCGUGUCUGGUGACUCUACGGAAACAGCUGUUGGAGAAGAGCUCGGCUUACUCCCAAGCGACGAUGAGGAACUGCCAGUUAGAGCAGCAGCUUCAGGAUCAGAAUAAUGAAAUGAAACGGUGCAAGACUGUCCUUGACCAUAAACAGAGGGAGUUUAAACAAGCCCUUGAGAACAUCCAGAAACUUCACGCUGAAGUGAGGAAGGAACACAUGGACAAGAUAGACAUGCUGCAGUGUUCACUGGAGGGAAAGCAGAAGGAGAUCAAGAUGCUGGAGCAAACUAUAAGCCUGAGACAGAGAGAGCGAGAGGAGGCUCAGCGUGUGGCCAGCCUUUUGCAGGAGUCUCUGGACCAGCUCACACAGAGCGGCCUGGACAAAGAGCAACAGAAUGAGGCGGCGCUACAGCAGUGCAAAGAAAGGGUUUUAGAGUCGGCUGCUAAGGGGAAGAGCCUGCAGGCCGAGCUCAGCUCAUGCCAGGAAGAGCUAGUCCUUUGCCGCCAGAGAAUUCAGGAAGCCAAUCAGGAAUUUCUGAAAAAGUUACAAGUGAAAAGCAACGAGGUGGCGGAGCUGCGUAAAGAGUUGGACUGCGAGCAGAAAGAGAGACACAACGAGGAGAAGGAGGCCAGUCGCCAGGCAGCACAUCUCUCUCGCUCCAUCACGGAGCUGAGGACUGAGAUGGUCAAGUGUCGGGGUGAACUCGCUGACAUGGAGCUGGAGCUGCUCCAGCUAAGGAAGGACAGCAGCUCUAAAGCCUCUCAGCUCUGCCAGCUGGAGGAGGAGCUGCAGCAGACGCAUUGCCAGCUAAAGAAGAAAAGUGAAGCUGUGAUUCAGCUGCAGGAGGAGCUGCAGCGCAGUGAGUUGAGUGAGCGUAACUCGGCACAAAGCAUCGAGGUCCUGGAGGAGCAGUUGCAGGUGUUGAGGGCUGAUCUUGCCAGCACGCUGCAGCAUCUUCAAGAGUUGCGCAACGCCCUCCAGUGCACACGGCUCGCCUCUCAACAGCAUCAGGCUGAUAUGGAGAAGCUCUCCACUGAGCUCCGGGAAUGCCAGAGUGAGCUGGAGCAGAGGAACCAUGAUGUUGUCAACAUGGACGCCGUGCUGAGGGACCACCAGCAGGAGCUACAGCAGAGAGCGCACGUGCUGGGCCAGCUAGAUGUGUUGAUCUAUGAACACAAAUUGAAAAUGGAGACCAAGGUAUUAUUACUACAAGAAGCCCUGGAGAAGACGGAGACAAAUCUUCAAAACAAAAUUCAACAGAGUCUUCCUGAAGCUGUACCAGCAGGUUGUACUUCAACCUUAUUUGUUGGCUCAGGAUAUCAACCUUGAGAAAGCAGCCAUCAUACAUUGCAGUCUCCUGUGACCGUUGACCCUCGCAGACAGCAGCCUGGACUAGCUGGCAUCCAUCAUACAUUGCAGUCUCCUGUCAACCCUUUGACCCUCGCAGAUAGCAGUCUGGACUAGCUGGCACCACCAAACCCAAGGAUGACACAUUUGAGGCAGGACCUGAGUUGACUUCCCUCUCAAGAUUAUCUCUUACUCCCAAUUCAGAAACAGGCUCUGCUGAACACACACACAGAAACAGGCUCUGCUGAACACACACACACACAUUCAGAGAAACGGGCUCUGAUGAACACACACACACACACACACACACACAGAAUCAGGCUCUGCUGAACAAACACGCACUCAGAGAAACAGGCACUGAUGAACACACAGAAACAGGCUCUGCUGAACACACACACACACACACAGAAACAGGCUCUGCUGAACACACACACACAGAAACAGGCUCUGCUGAACACACA